AUGGAAGCUCAACCACGGCUACAGGCACCACCGGCACGAGACACAAAUAACAUACCCUCGUCUCUUUAUCUUCAGCAACAUCAAGAUAAGCAAUCGCGCUCUUGGCCGAGCGAUGGCAUCAGCUUUUACUCCAAAUGGCCGGAGAGCCUGCCCUUGGUACUAAGCAGCCUGCGCACUAGAUCUCCAACUUCUUCGACAACUAGUAGCAUCUCAUCAGCGCAUAUUCCCGACUCUGCAACAGCCUUUUCGCCUUCCACCCUUGAAAGCCCACUUAUUUAUAGUGCUACCAGCGAUGUUCGACAACGCUUCGUCCGUCAUAGUCUGGAUGUCUCAAGACCGCCUCGCAGUACAUGCCAUCGUCGUCGACCAUCCACUGCGACAUGUUCAACCCAUAGCAGUGACGUGGAUGACGGCCUAGUCUUUGUUGAUUGCCUAAAUGUAGCCAGCAAAAUCCCUGAGGCGGAUAAAAAUUGUCUAGAGCGUAUCGAAACCCGUGAGAUUUACGGCGAAGAAGAGUUAUCAACACAUCCCACCCCGGUUGAGGAGGAAGAUGAUGAUGCUCUGACAUCUGACAAAGGCAACGUUUUGGAGCAACACCGGGCCCCUUGCUCAUCCCCUACUCAAAAGUUAGACGUCUCCUUCUCCACGUUUGGAGACGCCGUCUCGCCUGGAGAUGCUGACGAGGUGCUCAUUCAUACUUCCAAAACGGCGUAUGGGAUUGAGUUGGGUGAAGUUCGGGCUUCGACAGGCUCAUUACAUCAGGUGGUGUCCAACUUCAUCCGAAACCUCGGACAGCACAUCUGGCACGCUCCGUUGGAUACCCAAACGUCACAGACAACGUUCGUCUCGAUUUCAUCCGCAACGCCUCCCAAUAGACAAGGUGGAGGGAACUGUGGGCAUCUUGGCAAAAGGAAAAAGCAACAGACAAAUGGAGAUGGUAGUGAGGAGGAGCUUAGUGAUGGGGAAGGCUCCAGGUACAAUCCAUCCAAAAGGCUAAAGCCAAGUCCCAGAGACGACGAGAACCUGCGUCUUAGCUGUCCAUACAGGAAGCGCAACCCGCAAAGGUUCAAUGUCAGGGACCACCACAGCUGUGCAAUGACAUAUUUCCCCAAAUUCGCUGAGCUACGGCAACACAUUGUCAAGCAACAUACAAGAGACGACCCCUCAGCAUUUGUUUGCGAUCGCUGCACUCGCGAUUUUGGCACGAGAAAGGAGCUGCGCGAACACCAGCGCCAACCAAAAGAGCAAAUGUGCGACAUAUCAGAUCAUGAUCCGGAGGCUGGCAUCGAUGGUCCGACGUCAAACAAGCUUCUGAGCCGAAAGAGGGUUAGUGGUACCUCGCCAAAGGUGCAGUGGAGGGAAAUUUGGAGCAUCCUAUUCCCCGACGAUGAUGACAGUCUAGUCGGUCCAUAUUAUUAUACACCCGUUAUAGAACAUUUUGAGCUUUCCACUCACUAUCUUGAGGCCUUGCAGUAUCUACAGUCCACUCUACGAGACGAGAUAUCCAAUCAUGCCGGGCUGGAGACUCUCGCCACUCAGUUUCAUCACUGCUUCUUUGAGACUGUAGAGCGGUGUGUCCAAGCCGCACAGAGCAUGCCCUACACGAACCGCAGCAACAGGCGCCAAGAAACACCUCGAGCUCAGAGCAGGCACAGCUUGUCACGUCGCACGCCACGAGUGGCUACCUCGAGGCCCGAUUCUGCUGUGGUCGUUGAUGAUAUCACUGCAGAGAGUGCAAGCAUCAUGGGCCUCUUGCCUGCACGCCGUAGGGACAGCGUCAGAAUGACCACGAGUAGCGCAACCCGUCGGGAGAGCAGCCUCGGCCCAAGGGCUCAUGCGGGCGUUUUCGACGUGGCUGCUGCCACACCGUCGAGUUUAUCUCAACCCGUGGCAGCUUCACCCGACUUGCAUUUUGGCGUGAGCAACAUGGAUCUGGCCAAUGCGACAGCCGCCGCGGUGGAACAAUGGACCGAGGGGUUAUCGUUCAAUCAACAAGACGGGGCCUCUUUGCCAGAGCAGUGGAUGGUUUACGGUAGCGUGAUGCCGCAAGAAGCUUUUUCGGGAUUGGACGAACCUUUGCUGUAUCACAUGGAUUAUGGUGCCAUGGGAGAACCUAUGGCAGGCUUCCAUGGCAAGACAAUAGAUGGGACGCCUUAG